AUUUAUGAUAGAAGUGUCUUGUCGUUUUUAAAUGAUUUUUACUAUUGAAUUAUACCAAAUUUACUUUAUUUUUUCUAUUGAAGUUAAUUUGUUAUAAGUUUUUAAGUUAUAUUAAGUGUUUUUUACAUACAUAUGGGUAAUGUCUUCAACAUCAUUGCGUGUAAUUGUCAAAAGUUUUCAGAAUACAAAAGGCUUCGAAAGCUUGAAAAGUUUAAGAUCUAUUAGUACACAUUGUAAUAUGUUUAAAGAUCAAAUAACAUUAUUAGACGAUCGUUGUCGACUGCCAGAAACGGAUACCUUACACUUUGAAAUAAAUAGUCUUUCAUGGCUUCAUCAAGCUGCUCCAGGUUUUCCUGUAAAUGGAUCAAAGGUCACAAUAAUUGAAGAGCCCGCUGUAUUUUAUUCCACUUUAUUAGAAAAAUGUAAAACUGCCGAGAAUCGUAUUGUUCUAUCUUCCUUAUAUAUUGGAAAUGGAAAAUUGGAAACUAAACUAAUUGAUACUAUAGAAGAAACUUUGGAUGCUCGUAAUGGUAGUGUAAAAAUAAAUAUUUUAAUAGACUAUAUGCGUGGUUCACGAGGUAAACAAAAUUCCCGUAAAUUAUUACAAUCAUCCUUGAAUGGCAAAUGGAAAAAUUGUUGGAAUGUUUUUCUCUAUCAUACACCAAAACUUCGGGGUUUUUUAAAAGCAGUUACGCCCGAUCGUUAUAAUGAAAUGAUUGGUUUACAGCAUAUGAAGUUGUAUUUAUUUGAUGAUACUCUUAUAAUCAGUGGUGCUAAUCUCAGCAAUGAUUACUUUACAAAUCGACAAGAUAGAUAUUUCAUGAUUGAAGAUUGCAAAGAACUCUGUGAUUUUUAUAGUGAACUUGUAAAAAAAGUUGGUGAAUUUAGUUUUCGUCUUAUGCCAGAUGGAAGUGCAGUUCCUAGUUCCGUGGAUUGUGAUCCACUCAAAAGUCCGGCAAAAGAAUUCAAUAAAUCUGCCGCUGGAAAAAUACGAACUUUAUUUCAAACCGAAAUAACGAAACGUUCCGAAAUCAAUAAACAAGUAGAAAAUAUCGAGGCCGAUACGUGGAUUUUUCCUUUGGUACAAAUGAGUCAGUUAGAUAUUUGGCACGACAGUGAAGUGACACUUCGACUUUUACAAACUGCUCCUUCUGGUGCAACAUUGAGACUUGCUACUGGUUAUUUUAACUUAACAACCGAAUACCGAAAUGCAUUAUUGGGCGAUUGUCGAGCUGUUUGUCAUCUUCUCACUGCACAUCCGACAGCAAAUGGUUUCUUUGGUGCUAAAGGAAUCGCAGGUGGUAUUCCUGCCGCAUACACAAAAAUUGAGGAAACUUUUUGUAAAUUAUCGGAAAAAUUACAUCAAGCAAAAAGAAUAACUUUAUGGGAAUUCAAACGACCAGGAUGGACUUAUCAUGCAAAAGGGCUUUGGUAUACUUUACCUAAUCAGCAAAAACCAUCUCUUACACUUAUUGGAUCACCUAAUUUUGGCUACAGAUCCGUGAUGAGAGACCUUGAAACUCAAAUUGCAGUGGUGACGAAAAAUGAACAAUUACAAAAUUCACUUCAAAAGGAAUAUGAGAGAUUGUUCAAGCUCGCUACACCUGUCAAUUCAAAAUCAUUUCGCCAAGAUGAUAGAAUUCCUCCAGCGUGGGUUCGUGCCGUUGUUCUUCUAUGUCGGUAUUAUUUUUAAUUUUACUAGUCAUUGGUAAUUAAAUUAAAUUAAUAAUUGUAUAUAUAGAAUUUAAAAAAACUAAAAUUAAAAUACACAAGAAACGUGUAAAUAUUAACUAACUGUAGUUGGA